AUGCAUAUAUUGUGUGAGAAACAGGAAGAUGACAGACAAGGUUUCAUACAGCUACUUAAAGUGUCAGUAAUGUGUGGUUUUCAAGAGGUGAGCAAAUUGAAAGUAGAGGAUUGUGGCAGUUAUGCUACAUGUGAUGACUGCCUGGCCUCCAGGGAUCCCUUCUGUGGAUGGUGUAGUCUGGAGAACAAAUGUAGCAGAAAGAGUCGGUGCAGUGAUGCAGAUGGUUCAGGAAGAUGGCUGCCAUUUGAUAAUGGACAGUGUACUAAGAUCAACUCCAUCUCACCCUCCAACACACCCCUGGCCAGGCCAACACAGGUGAACCUCUCCGUAAGCCUGCUACCCCCAGGCCAGACUUACAAGUGUGUAUUUGAUACUACAGCUGUCAGUGCCACAGUCACUGGGGGGAACAUGGUGACAUGUGACACACCCACCAGCUUUCCUUCUAUACCAACUAGGGAUGGUAAGGAGGACUCUCAUUGA